AUGGAGCCCCAUCAGAUCAAGCGCAGUCCGCUCGCCCUCACUGCGCUUGUACUCGCCCUCGUCGGUUCCUCAACGGCAAUUCCAUAUACUGCUUCUUCCAUCUUUCUCUCCCCACAACAUAAUGAUUCUCUUGCAUGGAUUCUGCAACCGAGUAGCUCCACCGCAGGCAAGACCGAGUUUCUCUCUCUAAAUCUAUCCACCAGCAUCAACACCACCAAUCCAUCCUAUCACACCUUGCUUGAGCAGACCCCCUUCCAAAGUACAGAACAAACCUCCGCAUUCGUCCCUGUCAUCGAUGAUCAAGGCAUCAUCUCGGUCUACGCCGGGAACUGUCACGAUGGUUCUGAGAACGGCACUCUAUGGCGCUUCCACCCCGAUAAUACCAGCUCGAUCGGCAACGGCACCUGGUCUCAGUCAACGGUGAAUCGAGGUGAAGGAUGGACACGUCCAAAUUACCUAGCAGCGGGGUUUACUUUUGCAUCCAACAACUCAACCGAAACGGCGUUCUACUCAUUCGGCGGCAUGUGCCCAUUCGCGAAUUCUACGGAUUCAACAUGGGUUUCGGCUGCAAAUUAUUCCCAGUCAAUGGUUCUUCUGGACUCGGCUUCCCUCCAUGACACUCAGUACCACGCGACCAUCACCGGAAAUCGUGCCCCUCCAGUCCGAGAAGCAGGAAUGGUAGCCGUCCCGCUCCCAGCGACAUAUUCAGCCACAGAAAGCCAGCAGGAUUUUCUCUUUAUUGGUGGCCAUACACAACAAGCUUUUCUGAAUAUGUCUCAACUAGCAAUCUUUUCGGUGCCGCAGGAAAGUUGGAGCUUUGUGACCAUCACCUCGGAGACCAAGCCUAAGACGGAACUGGCUGUACGAGAUGGAGUCACGGUGGAGCCUCGAUCAGGCCAUGCUGCAGUUCUCUCUGAGGAUGGAAAAAAGGUCUUUGUGGUUGGUGGAUGGGUGGGGGAUACUUCUACCCCUGCUGAUCCUCAAUUCGCAGUCUUGGAGAUUGGAGAUGGUUAUGGUGGCUCCGGCGAAUGGACAUGGACAACACCAUCUUCAGACGGAGUAGGGAUCGCAGACGGAACGGGAAUAUUCGGCCACUCUGUGUCCAUGCUUCCAGGGGGUGUGCUAAUAAUUGGCGGAGGCUAUACAAUUCCCAAACAAUCUUUAAAACGCUCCACAGUCUCCACACAGCGUAACUCGGAGGUUUAUCUUUACAAUACGACGUCAAACACUUGGGUUACCUCCUACACCAACCCAUCCGCAGCCUCCACAACAAAAUCAGCGUCAACAGACAACGGACUAUCUACGGGGCAGAAAGCGGGACUAGGAGUCGGUUUGGGUCUUGGAAUCCCCAUUGUUUUGGCUAUUGCACUCUGUGCCUGGAGAUACCAUCGCAAACGGGCAGUCCGAAGCAAGCGAGACUCACAACUUCGUGAAUUGGCUCUGGGAGCCGAACGGGCUCAUUUCUGGGGCCGAGAUGAUCCGCACCAGGCGAGCAGCAUCCGCAGCUCACAGAUGAGCGAGAAGUUAGACCCUGGUGCCAUUUACCCUUGGUCUGGAAAUCGGCAUGCCACCGCUCGCCCGGAAUCUUGGAAUGACCAAGGCGAUACUACUGCAGAGCAGACGGGUCUCCUUGCGGAUGCUUCCAGUCCAAGUCAAAACAGUCGCCCAAUGAGCCAACAAAAAUCUUACCGAAUGUCAAUCUAUAGUGAAUAUCGCCGCAGUGAUGCCACAAGUGACAUCCACCCCAUUGAUGAGCGCGAGGAGGACGAAGCGAAUUUCCGGGAACGACUUCUGGCAACAGUUCCUGCUGACGGGAAGCCCACGGUGCAAGAUCCAGAUGAUCCUUUUUCAGACACACCGUUCUCUACUCCCCGAAGCACCAUUUUUGGCGUGGGUUUAGGCCCGUUUUAUACUCGUCGGAAGGAAAACGGGUCUUUAGAUACAGAUGGACGUGUCUCCCCAGCAAAGAGUGACCGAACGUCGACUAAUUUAUCCGAUUCAUCCGCAUUCUCGUUUUCCUCUGCCACUACCAGACCAACUGGGCAGGUCAACCAGUCACGAGCUAUUCUCGUGGACCGGCCCUUGAGUUGGGGUAGCAAUGGUGGCCACUCUCUCGAGCAUAUCACAGCAGGGUCAACUCACAGCAGAGAAACGGCCCACAGCGAUCCGGAUGGCAUGGCACCUUCUGAGAAGUCCAUUUCAGCAGAUUCCUAUUCGACCGCUCACUCCACCUUCUCCCGGCGCCAGACGGAAAAUGACUCCCUCCUCUACGACGCCAGUGAAGUUAUCACUCCCAUGACGCCCAUCGAAUCCUCACCCUCAAAGCUACCCUCAGCCUCGAAACCCAGAGCGUCAGAUUGGAUGCUCCAAACCGUGCGACGUGCGCUCACCCUCACCCGCCGUGGCACAACAACUCAGCGAGAAUCUGACGACACCGCAUAUCUAGCCUCCGGCAUCGACCGUCGCAGCACUAUAAUAGGCAGCGGGACAAACCCAGGUAGCAGCGGCGCGAGUACUCCUCGCCGAGCAGUCAGUGCCUCAGCCGAACUCUUUCGGCGGAAACAAGGCGCCAGAGACUGGAACGCGAAGAAGCGACUGUCCGAUGGUGGGUUCGGCGGGCCCCGAUCCACCCGUGACGAUCUCUUCCUAGGCGCUCCCGGCUACCUCGGCGACGACGAGACCUGCGACGAGGAAGACUGGGACGUCGAAGGCGCCGCCGAAGGCCGCCAGGUUCAGAUGACAUACACAGUCCCGCGGGAAAGACUGCGCGUCGUGAACGCUUCGGCCCGAGAUAUGGACAACAUCUCCGAGCGUUCAAUUAGCCGCAGCAUACGUAGUAUUUCCGAUUCAAUGCAGCCGCGCCGAGUCAGCGGCUAA